ACCUAAUUACCCAAUUUCACAAAAUACAAAUUCAAAAACCCUAACCCUUGGUACUCAGUCAGACCCGGCGCUUCUUCCACUUCACCACCACCGUGAAAGCUCGAGCAAUGGAGGUAAGAGCAAGAAGUCCAAAAGGACAGCUCCCAAAUCCGAUGAUAUUUACCUUAAACUUCUCGUCAAGCUUUAUCGUUUCCUUGUAAGAAGAACUGGGAGCAAAUUCAAUACUGUGAUAUUGAAACGCUUGUUUAUGAGCAAAGUUAACAAGCCUCCACUAUCUCUGUCUAGGCUUAUUCAAUUCAUGAAGGGAAAGGAGGAUAAGAUUGGUGUUGUAGUGGGGACUGUGACAGAUGAUAUUAGGUUAUGGGUUUAUGAGGUUCCAGCUUUGAAGGUUACAGCUCUUAGGUUUACGGAGACUGCUAGAGCUAGGAUUGAGAAGGCUGGUGGGGAAUGCUUGAGUUUUGAUCAGCUUGCUUUGAGGGCUCCUUUGGGUCAGAACACGGUGCUACUGCGAGGUCCAAAGAACGCUCGUGAAGCAGUUAAACACUUUGGUCCAGCACCGGGUGUGCCUCACAGCCUUUAUAAGCCUUAUGUGCGAUCAAAGGGGAGGAAGCUCUAGAGGGCUAGAGGAAGAAGGAAUAGCAAGGGAUUUAGGGUUUAAGCAUAGGCUUUGUAGUUGAUAAUGAGUCCUGUCUGCCAUUUUAUUACUGCAAACAAAUCUUGCUUACUGGAUUUAGGGUUUCUCCUGCAGAUGCUUACUGGCUUUUGUUACGUGUGCAUGGAUUGUUCACUUCUGGUGUGAACAUCUUUCUUAUUUAUGGUAUAAAGUGGAGCAUGUUUAUGCAUUCAAUUUUGAUUCAAA